CGCAGUUGCCUAGCUAGGGGGGGUAAGUCGUGCUUUCACGUUUUCGGCGCGCUUUUGACACCACUGUGAAACCAGAGAGCCGGUGGGAGGAAGGGAAACGGCUGUUCGGUAACCUGGGCUGGUCUUUAACCGCUAAGGUUGGUACACCUGACUACUAUCGUGAUUAGCAACCGCUGCUGUUGACUGUUCACGCAGGAAGUACACAGGGGACGUUUCCUUGCAACUGGCAAGCCCCAUCUUUGAAAUAAAACCAGAGGUGUGGAGUGAUGAGAGUGGGCAAGUGAAGGAGGCAGGUGUCCCAGUAGAAGAUUGACAGACAAGUGGGAAGUCAAGCAAGGAUGCUGGAGGCAGAUGCAGACUCAGCCGGUGCAGCACUAGAGAGCGAGGAAGAGGCCGAGAUGGGGAGCAGAGACUUGAAGACUGAGGUGGUACGACUGACUCUGGAGCUCCAGGAGGCCACAGACGAGAAGCUACAGGCAGCUCGCUAUGGCCUAGUGGUGCUGGAGGAAAGUAGUGCUCUCAAGAUUAAAUACAGGCAGCUGGAAGAGGAGCAUGAAACCCUCAAAGGGGAGCUACAGCAGCUCAAAGAGGCAUUUGCAGAUUCUGUGAGCAGCCAGAAGCGUGCAGCUGCUGAUGGAGAGUGCCGGGAGGAGAACCUGCUGCAGGAGACUGCUACUAAGGAGGCUGCCAUGGCAACCCGGUUGGAGGAAGUCCAGGCAGAGCUCAAGCAAGCGCGCCUUGCUUUGAGCAAUGCCCAUGCAGAGAUAGAUAGACUGGGGGGGGUCACCACCCAGCUAAAGAAGGAGUGUGAGUGUCUGGAGGCCGAAAAGGGCCAUCAGAGGGAGGAGAUGAAGGAAUAUAAAAUACGUGAGCUGCGUCAGUUGCAGGACAAUGGCGAGCUUGAAGAUGAGAACAUAUCUCUCCAAAAACAGGUGUCUGUGCUCAAGGAAAACCAGGUUGAAUUUGAAUCAAUAAAGCUGGAGCUGACCCAAAAGAAUGAGGUGCAGGAGGAGCUGCGAGCUCAGAUGGAAGAGGCUGAAAGGCUGAGGGAGAUAGCAGAGAGGCAACUGGAUGAGGCCCUGGAAGCCCUGAAGGAGGAGAGGGAGCAGAAGAACUGUCUGCGGCGAGAGCUCUCUGCCCUGACCCUUAACCCCUUUGAUUCUGUGGGGAACUUGGAGCUCCACUUGGAUCAGCUGGAUGACAGCCAGGAGGAGGGCCAGGGGGGAGAGGGCGAGGGAGAGGAUCAGGACAGCGGCUUUAAUAAUGGUCCUGGUGCUGCUCCCAGUUCUGCUCACCCUCCUCACUUGGGGGGCUCCAAAAGUAAUGGCCUCAUCCAUCGCUACUCCACUCCACGCAACAGUGACGUAUUCCUGCGUGCUCCUGCUUCUGGGCUUGUGUCCGACUUGUUGAGUGAGCUACACUUUUCCGACAGUCAGAAACUAAAACAGCAACUCCUACAGGCAGACCGAGAGAAGUCCAGUCUGGUAAGCAAGGUGGAGGAACUGCAAAUGCAGCUGGUAAUGUCCAAACAGGCACUCAGUCAGCAAGCAGACAAGGUUGGAUCGCUCACUCAACAGCUGGAAGCUGUGCACAGCAGCCAGCAGCACAACCAGGAGGCAGACAGCAGGGCAGAUGAGGAGAAUGGAGACGGCAGCAAUGCAGCCUUUGACUAUGAGGUAGACACCAAGAGCAAAGAGGUGCUGGAGGCACGCAUGCGUGAGGCCAGCGAAGAGCUUCUGAAGCUGCGGGAUGAACUGUCUCAAGCAGGAUCUCGUUAUAACACCCUGGAGCACAGAUACAAGCAGGAGAAGGAUCGUUGGAGGGCAGAGGCCCAGGAGCUAGCUGACAAGAUCCGUCAAUGCAUCAAGUCCAGCAAGCAGGACCAGGAGCGCAUUAGUGAGCUGGAGAAGGAGAUUGGAGCUACUCGGAAAGUAGCCAUUGAUUCUGAAGGGCACUUGAGCGUUGCCCAGGAAGAGCUGCUGGCUUUCUCUGAGGAGUUGUCCAACCUCUAUCACCACAUCUGCGUGUGCAACAACCUGACACCCAAACGAGUCACCCUGGACUACUACCGGGAUGGUGCCAGGGCAAGUGUUGGAGGAAGUAGUGCCCGAAGGUCACACUACGUCUACCCCCAGAACAACUCCCAGAAGAAACCGCGAGCUAAUGACAUGUUUAGCUCCAAAGCUUCAGCAUUACAGUUCAUGGGGGAGGUGGACAGUGCAGGAGCCAGCGGAGACUCUCCCAAUUGCCCUGGAUCCCCCACCCUGGAUUUCAGGGACCCUUCAAAUGUCAGCAACUUGGUAGCGGUCAUCCGUUGCCAGAUCAAACACCUCCGGGUGGCAGUGGACCUCUGUCGUCAGAGGGGCGCAGUGCCUUACUCAGGGUUCAGCAGCAGCGGAGAGUUGGAGCGGGAUGCUGAAAGCCUCAUGGAAGAAGUACUAAAACUCAAGUCCCUUCUAAGCACCAAAAGAGAACAGAUUGCUACCCUCAGGACUGUCCUCAAGGCUAACAAACAGACUGCGGAGUUGGCCCUGUCCAAUUUGAAAACCAAGUACGAGACAGAGAAGAGCAUGGUGUCCGAGACCAUGAUGAAACUGCGAAACGAGCUAAAAGCCUUGAAGGAGGACGCUGCCACUUUCUCUUCAUUGCGAGUCAUGUUUGCCAGUCGGUGUGAUCAGUAUGUCACCCAGUUGGAUGAGAUGCAGAGGCAGCUGGCAGCAGCCGAGGAUGAGAAGAAGACACUGAAUUCUCUGCUGCGUAUGGCCAUACAGCAGAAACUGGCUCUUACUCAGCGUUUGGAGGACCUGGAGGUCCCUCUGUCUCCCCACAGCUUGAACAGCAGCCCCCGCCGCUCCAGGGCCAAAGAGCUGGCCACCAAGUCAGGCCGGGCCCCACGGAGCCCCCGAAACAGUCCUGCACGCCCCCCACUUAGAAGCAGUCCAAGAGCUAGCCCUGUUCUCGGCGGCAGUGUUUCUGCCAUGGCCACGCACCACCUGCGAGGUUUAACACGAAGUCUCCACACAAGCCCUCGCUGAAACACUCCUUCCAUUACUCCAAACCCCAUCUUCUCCAUAAGGACCUUUCUUGACUCCCGGCUCCCUCCUCCUUUCCUGACUCAAGACAUCUUGUCCAUCCCAGAUAUGAUGCAAGGUUUCCCCAGUGUACCCACCAGAACCAUGGAUUUAAA